GCCGCCCUCCGCCCUCGCCAUGGCCUCCCCCUACGAUGCCCACGUGCCGUACACCCUCCUCGGCGCGCUCCUCAGCGGCGGCGGCGGCGGCGGGGGAGCGCGCGCCUUCCUCCGCGACUACGCGCAGCGGGGCACCAACGCGCUGCUGUGGGCGGCACUCCUCGCCGUCACGUGGGCGCUGGUCCUCCGCCUCGCCGCGCUGCUCCGCCUCUGGGCGCUCGGCUCCCGCCUCCCCGGCCCGCCCGCCUUCCUCGCCGACCCUGGCCUCGCCGCCGUCUGCCGCCGCGCCGGUGACAUCACCGGGUACCUGUCGAAGUUACAUGGCAGUUAUGGCCCAGUUGUUCGACUGUGGCUCGGACCCACUCAACUUCUUGUCUCAGUUAAAGAUUCUAGUGUAAUUAAGGAGUUGCUAACAAAGGCUGAAGAUAAGUUACCGUUGACUGGGAGGACAUAUAAUUUGGCUUGUGGAAAACUUGGUCUUUUCAUUUCCUCAUUCGAGAAGGUCAAAAGUAGGAGGGAAUCACUGAAGUUAUUCUUGGAUGAAAAACUUAGCGUUGGUUCUAUUGGAAGUUCCUUCAAGAUCAUUCAAGUUGUCCUUGAUAGGAUUGACUCCAUUAUUGCCAGGGAUUUUCUGGACUGUAGAUCUUUUUCCCAACACAUGGCAUUUAACAUUGUUGGCUCAGCUCUUUUUGGUGAUGCCUUCUUUGAUUGGUCUGAUGCUUCUGCCUAUGAGGAGCUGAUGAUGACGGUGGCAAAGGAUGCUUGUUUCUGGGCUUCUUAUCCACUUACCCCAUUUUGGAAACCUGAUUAUAGGAGGUACAGGGCCCAAUGUGCUCAGCUGAAGAUAUUAACACAAGUCAUUGUCACAAAAUCAAGAAACCAAAAUGGUGUACUUAGCUUUAUCGAUCAUAGUUCCCAUCAGAGAAGUGAAAGGACGAUAAACGAUCCAUGUAGAGGCGUUUCUCAUGUUGAUGGCGUGAUUUCAAGGCCUCUCAAUGAGGCAGCUGAAGGGCCCCUCAGCUCAGAAGAAGAAAUAUGUGGUAACAUCAUGGGUUUAAUGUUGCAUGGAAUUUCCACAUGUGCUAACUUGAUUGGCAACAUCCUAACAAGGUUUGCCUUGUACCCAAACUUGCAAUGCCAGCUGCAUUCGGAGAUAGUUGCAGAUUGCAGUGAAUUGUCUGAGCUUAAGUUAGAUGAUGUGCUUAGGAUGAAAUUUCUAUUGGCCACUGUAUGUGAAUCUGCUCGACUUUUACCCGCUGGACCUCUUCUCCAGAGAUGUUCUUUGCAACAAGAUGUUAAUCUCAAUUCCAGCAUCACUAUACCAGCUGGAGCAAUAUUGGUUGUUCCUUUGUAUCUCGUGCAAAUGGACACUUCUACAUGGGGAGAUGAUGCUUGCCAGUUCAACCCUAAUCGUUUUCUAGAAAAGAACAUUAAUCUUGAAGAGAUAUUAGGAACAGCGCAUAAAGGCUCCAAUGGGAUAAACCUCUUCACCAAUGAGUGUGAUGAAACUGAAUCAUUCCUUCCAUUUGGCUCUGGGAGUCGAGCAUGUGUUGGGCAGAGGUUUGCCAUUCUUGGUAUCGCAAUGUUGAUUGCUUCUCUGCUACGCAGUUACGAGGUACAACCUCAUCCAGCUUUAUCCAAAGAAAUGGAAUCAUUAGUUGACAGCAACAGCCUUCACCAUCUUCCGAACCCAAAGAUCAUCCUCAAAAGAAGAAGCAUCUGAAGCAAUAUAUAUUUUUUUCCUGGUGUCACACCAGGAUAUAGUCCCUCAGUUUUUCCUUUUUUUCAGAAGCAAUAUGGUCUCCAAGUUUGCUUUCUUACCGUCGUUCAACCACGCGGAAGCCGCGGCGUGGAUGGGUUUUUCCUCCAGAUUUUUAACAGCCCCAGUGAGCUUUCCUAGACCUAGUUUCCAUUGGCGUUUUGAGGCACUUGUGGGUUGUUAAAUCACAGGAGGUGCGUACCACCGAUGUGCAUAAACCAAUAGCAUUUUCCCUUUUUCCAGUUGGUGUUUUCUCCUCCUUCCGGAGGAAUGUAGUUAUGUCCAAUGUAUUGAUGCCCUGAGCCUGAAUGUUGUUGUAUCUUGCGCGGAAGCGUUGAAUCUGUUGCUGAGUUUAUUGUACCAUAUAUAUAUGGUCAUACUGUAUUAUUGUUGAUUGUUUCCUCCACCAUAAUUGGUGAAGUUUUUUAAUAAGAAAAGUACAUUUGAAUUUGUAUUGCCCUGCUUGUGCGACAAAA